CUAAAUUCACACUCAUGAAAAAGUAUCAUUUUAAAAUCAUUAGAAUUAAUUUUAUAAUCGCUUUGUAACAAAGUAUUAUCAACAGUUGAUAUGGAGAAAUCUUAACAAUGAGACAGAAAACGCUAGAAAGAAUAAAAAAUAAAGAGAAAAACGUGCUCAUCUUAGUGAGAACUAACACAGAAAUAAAGUUUAGUUUUACUUAUAAAUUUUUUUACGACCUGCUUUGAAAUAAUUAUGUUUUGUACAUUACACAUAUGUUUAUUUAAAAAAAUAUAUAAACAGGUAAAUUUAAAAAAUAAUUAAAUAGUAAAUAAAUUAAUGAUCAAAUGAACGUACAUUGCUGUGGACUACUUUGAUACAAAAAUAAUUUAUAAAAUCUAAUUAAGUAUUCAUUUGAAAAUGGGUACUGUUGAUUAUAGACUACCACCCAACGAUGGUCUUAUGCCACAAAUACAAGCACUCAUAGCACCUCCAGUAUCAGAAGAGUCAAAAUUAUCAAAAAGUAAGAAAGAUAAAGAUGAAAAAAGGCAUCCGUAUUUCAAGAGACCUGGGAGAGGUCAUAAUAGGGACUCUUGUGAUGCUUGUCAAGACGGUGGUGAGUUAAUUUGUUGUGAUAAAUGUCCAGCUUCGUUUCAUUUACAGUGCCAUGAUCCACCUUUAGAUGUAUCAGAUAUACCAAACGGUGAAUGGAUUUGCCAUGCUUGUCGUUGUGCAAAGAAAGAUCUUAAGACAAGUUUAAAAAAUAAGAAUAAUAAUAACAAUAAUAUUAAUAAUAAUAACAAUAACAAUAGUAAUAAUAAUAGUUCUAAUAAAAAGUCACCUCUAGAAGUAUUAGCAUUAGCAGCAUCACUAGUUAAUCCACGCGAAUUCGAAUUGCCAAGAGAGCUAAGACUACCAAUAACUUUUCCCGGUACAGACAAAGUUGAUGUGCUACCCGGUAAACGCAGUAAGCAUCAAGGUACAUCAUCAAACAACGGAAAAAGUCAUUGUUUGGAUUCAAAUUUGAUGGUACCACUACCAGCAAGGUUGUGUUAUGAGUGUGGGAAAAGUUGUAAACGUGCUCCACUUAUUGCUUGUGAUUACUGUCCAUUAUAUUUUCAUCAAGACUGUCUAGAUCCGCCGCUAACGGCGUUUCCAAGUGGUCGCUGGAUGUGUCCAAAUCAUCCGAAUCAUUUCAUUGAUCAGAAUCUUUUGCACUCAUGCAAUGCAACUGAACGUUUAAAACUAUGGGACAAAUUUGCGACACGUCGAAUAGACCAGCAUGCUGUUAAAUUAGAAUUUUUGCGGAAAGUUCGUGCAGUAAAUCCGCCAUUUAGAGUUAAGUUGACGUCUAACGGUAGAAGUAAAGUCAAAGUACCGUCAAUGGUUAAGUAUUAUUAUGCUAAUCCAGUUGAAUUAAAUACCAUAAACUCUUACCGAGUCAAAACACUCAUAAGACCUUAUGUUGAAAAAACAGAAGAUUCAAAUAUAAGUAAUGGAGAAAAUGAAAAAAUCAAUGGACAUGAUAGACUAGAUAAUUGCUCAAAUAAUUUAACUGAUGACGAAGUCAGAGAAUCAAAUGAUUGUAAAUCAGAUGUCUUGGAUAAAAUGAAAGUUGAUGAUGAAUCAGCCGAUCAACAAAUAAAUACCGAGGAAACUUAUAAAGAUAAACAUAAAAAAAAUUUAGAUUACACUAGUUCGCGCAAUGGAAAUAUGAUUAAAGAAGGAGUCCAGCUCCUAGAGCGACCCGUUUUAGAAGCUUUAGCACAACAAAGACUAGAACAAAUACUAAAUCCACUGGAUGAUGACUAUCGGAUAAUAAAUGACCAGUACGAAGCACGAGCCGCGUUGUUUCCACUGAGCAGAAAACCUGGACCUCCAGCUUUGAUGGUCAGCAGAACAAUGACCAUUGGUACCGGUGCUAACUGCGAUGUCUUACUGUCGAGAUACGGCAACUGCGAGUGCGUUUCCUCAAAACACGCGGUCAUUUUUUUUGACGACAGUACCAAGAGAUAUGAGCUGCUCAAUUACAGCGAGUACGGUACUACUGUCGAUAAUGUUUUUUACUCAUGUGACUGUUCAAAUUUAUCUGGCAGACGCAGUAAGCAGGAGGAUGUGCUACCAGACAAUUGGAAACCAUAUGGAACAUUGAAAGAUUUAUCGAGCAAUAAAUCUAACGGCAACAGAGUGUCAUGCAAAUGCUCAACAGAUGUUGAUCUCGAAGAUCUUAAUCAAGUUUACACGCAAACUGGCUGGGAAGGCAGUGCCACUGUCGCUCAUGGGUCUAUUCUUACAUUUGGGUGUCUUGUUUUCGUCUUUAGUACUGUUGCUGUGCAAUCAAAAUAUUAAAAAAUAUAUAUUCUUGUAAUAUUAAUAAUUAAUGAUGUUAAUAUUUUUUUUUUUUGGACAAUUUUGAUAUUUUACAAUGGAUUAUUUAUAUUUAAAAAAAAGGCAUUUUUUAAAUUAAUUGCUACUGGUUAAUUUUUUUAUAAUUUACUUUAAGGUAAAUUGAGAUUAACAAUAAGAUGAUAAAAAGAAAAACAAAAAAACAUCCUGUUUAUUAUUAUAAUAGUAAAAUACCUAAUACUCAUUGUUAUGACGUCUCGUUGCUUCAAAUACAGCGCAACGACUAUAAGACUAUCAAUACUUAAAUAAUAUUUUUUAUUUUUA